CGGUCCAUUUAUUCUUCAUUGAACCAGCAAGUGUUAUACGUGUAGUAGCGUUCAAAUUUUAUUUUAUGGUAAUGGAAGAAGGAUUUGUAAAAGGUCAAAGUGAUAAUUUGCCAAAAAUUGAUAUUUAUACAGUGAUGGACUUUUUUUCUUCCAAUCCAUCUUAUAUAAGUGCUGAAAUAAAAGGAGUAAAACUUUCUAAAGCCUGCAGAGAAUCCUAUCGAGAUGAGGCUGUCGGAUAUGUCCAGGUGAAACGUGAAGGCAAUAAAUGUACUGUAAAAUGCAGAAUUUCACCUGAACACAAAGUAAAAAGUAAACCUUAUCACUGUACAUUGGUUUGUGACGAAAGUGAGGAAAAGGUUGAAAGUGUUGUUUGUCAUGACUGUGCUGCUAAUCAAGGUGGAUGUAAACAUACAGUAGCUUUUUUAAUGUGGCUUUUUAAAAUUAGUGAGGCACCUGCAGCUACUUCAGUAAAGUGCUACUGGAUGAAACCAGCGCUUUCUAAUGUUGGAAGUAACGUUAAAUUUAUUAAAGCCAAAGAUUUUAACAAAGACUGCGCAACAAUUUCGGAAAUAACAGAAGAUAAUGAAUUUUGUAAUACUUUUAUUAGCGAAUGCAAGAAACGAAAUGCGAACAACAUACAAAUAAUGACAUAUUUUAAGGAUGUAAACUUGGAGAUGAAAGCUUCACUACACUACCUGAUUUGUAAAUACAAGAGUAGUAAGGUUCAGUUUAGUUUAAAUGAUUUUAUAACAUUUUGCAAACAGAAUAUUACUGAAAAGCAAUGUAACUUGAUUGAAAAGGCAACAAGCAACCAAUCUGACUCUCCACUAUGGUUCGAGCUGAGGUACGGCAGAAUAACGGCUUCUAUUGCUCAUGAAGCGUCAAAAUGUAAAACUUCGGAUGGGGUACUCGUAGAAAAAAUUUUAGGAGCAUAUCAGUUUAAAGAGCCGAUAGCAAUGCAAAGAGGAAAACGCCUAGAAAACGAUGUAAGGAGAGAGGUAGAAAAAAUUAAAAAUAUUAAGAUCAAGAAGUGCGGACUCUUUCUCUUAAGCGAAUAUCCUUUGUUGGGUGCCUCUCCAGAUGGUAUUACAGAAGACCAUAUUAUUGAAAUUAAAUGUCCGAUGAAGAACAAAAAUUUAACCAAAUAUAUUAAUUCAAAUAACUUAACACCAAAAUGCGAAGCCCAAGUGGAAUUACAAAUGCACUUUGCAAAAAAACUGAAAGCUUAUUUUUGCAUCGCUCACGAUGAUUUUGAGACUUCUAAACAAGUAGAUGUUUUUGAAGUAUUUUAUAAUGAAGAAUACUGCAAAAAUUUAAUUAAACAGUGUACAUUGUUUUGGAAGUAUGUUUUUGAUUUAUUGAUUGUAGAUUAA